ACCACCCCUCUGGGACUCACUCGCCUCCCGCACUAACAGGAGCCCCCAGGUGUACUCAGUGUAUUGGGGGAUACUGGGGGCCCUGGUUCCCCCGCAGGCUGGCCAGAAGGUGUGUGGGUUAUCCGUGGAGGGUCCCUGGCGGCCAUCAUGGCCCUGGUGGUAACUAUAUCUGUCCAGGUAGCUCGAGAUGGCCCCGCCCAUCGCGCUACGCCCACAGCUGACGCCCUGCACCGCGCCCACCACGCUCAGCACGCCACCCUGGCCACCAACCUGGCAACAUCUCUAGCCUCUGGUCACGUUCUCCUUAUCUUCGGCAUACAGGUGUCGUACGUGGUAAACCCCAACGGGUAUGAAACUCGGAGAUACUGCUGGAUGUCUGUCGAGCGGGGCAUGUUGGUAUCCUUCAUAGUGCCCGUGUGUACACUAAUACUGGUGAACGCCGGGGUGUGUGUGGCGGCGCAGAAGGUGCUACUAGACAUGCGUGACGGCAUCAAACACGAGGUCAUGACCCGACACAAGCGUGACCUCAGAGGCGCCGUCUCCCUGUUGCCACUCGAGGGGGUGAGCUGGUUCUUGGCGGUGGUUGCUCUUGAGGAUGACCAGUCCCUCGCCCUUGACUGUGCUGCAGCCCUCGUCAGCGCUUGCCUCGGGUGGCUGGUUCUGUACUUCCAUGGGUGGACGUGGAGUUGUCACGGCCUUUGUUGGCUGAAACGCCGCAUGGCCUCACGCCGGGUUGACGACCUCUCCCUGCCCCUCACCGCCCGCUACGACCACGAUCUUGCCCAUCAGCCCCUCCUCCAGCCCCACCCACACCCACCCACGCCCACUCCUAACACCGUCACUGUGGCCCCUCCACCACCCACCACCCCACCACAACCACCCAACCCAGAGGAGUUCCCCCUCCAACCUCUCUUCCCACACCAUGAGCGACGUGAAGCUUAUUGAAACCCUCUGUGGCUUGAGCUUCAAAAGACACAAACGCUACGUAACCGACUGAAUCCCUCUGCGGCUUCAGCUUUAAGGGCACAAACGCCAUGAAACCGACUGAAUUCUUUAAAGCUUCGGUUUCAAGAUGAUUUAAAACAAACAAGCUUCACCUCCUCUCAUCAAGAAAGCCGUGAAGCCUCGACAUUAAGAAGAAUCGCGGCGCAUCACUACACAGAGGCUGCACAGAGCUUCCCCGAGGCUUGAGUCAGCUGGGGGGGGAUGCUGAUGUAAGCUUCGAGACGACAAGAACACGACAAAUCAACGACUCUUCACUAACAGUGUAUCACGACCAACACCUCGCGGAGAUCUUAGCUAAGUGAUAGUGUGGCAUUAUGGCACAACGCGAAACUAAAAACUAAAAAAAAAAAAAUAA